CUACUACUACUACUACUACUACUACUACUACUACUACUUUGGAAACUGUCAUGGUGUGCUAAUGAGACACAAGCUGCAGGUGAAGAGAGGGGUAGGGGGGCGGCGAUCCCUCCCCCUCCCCUUCCCCCUCCACUUCCUCCCCCUCUUCCUCGUCCUGGUGAUCGUGGUGGGGGGUGGGCUGGCUUCCCCCUCCCCCUUCAGAGUUGGUAGGGGGCGCGGCUCCCCAACUCCUCUGGCCUGCCCCCCUCGCAGCCUCCUCCUCCCCUGUGUGUGUCACCUCAGGGGAGAGACUAUUCAUAUCGUCUGCGAGGGGAGUGACCAGGUGCGGGUGUCCGAGGCGCUGACGGCCCUGGCCCGCCACGCCCUGCCCCUGGAGGAGGUGCACCUGGCGGGGAACAGAAUACCAAUCCUCCCCAGCAGGCUGUUUGGCUCCCUCAUGAUCCACAAGGUGUUCCUGACGGACAACGAGAUGGCCGCCGUCAGCCGCAACGCCUUCGCGGGGCUGGAGGCGUCGCUGCGGCACCUGCACGUGGCGGACAGGGCGCUGCGGGAGCUGCCCUUCGACACCCUGGACCAGUUGGCCAACCUGCGCAGCCUGGUGGUGCAGGACACGCAGGUCAGCGUGCUGCCGCGCAUGCACGCCCUGUCCCGCCUGGAGGUGCUGCGGGUGGAUGGGUCGCGCGUGGCCGGCAUCCCCUCCUCGGCCUUCAAGUUCAUGCCCAACAUGAAGAAAGUGCACAUCACCAGGUCCCGCCUGCGCCGCCUGGAGGCCAACGCGCUGGAGGGCCUCGUCUACCUGAAGGAGGUCAACCUGUCAGGCAACGCCAUCGAGUGGGUGCACCGCAGCGCCUUCCGCACCCUGGCCUCCGUCAGACUGCUGGACCUGUCCGCCAACAGGCUGCGCGAGGCGGCCUCCGUGGUGGCGGCGGCGCGGGAGGUGCGGGAGCUGCGGCGCCUCAACCUCAGCCACAACAGCCUGGCGCGUGUGUCCCGCGGCGCCUUCAUGGACCUGGCCGCGCUGCAGGCCCUGGACCUGUCCCACAACGCCAUCACCAGACUGGAGGGUGGCGCCUUCCUGCACCUGCCCGCUCUCACACAUCUGGAUCUCAGUGGCAACCUGCUGCAGGCCCUGGACGUGCAGGCCUUCCCGCAGCCCCUGCCGCUGCGCCACCUGGCCCUGGCCGCCAACAACCUGACGGAGGUGCCCAGCCUGCGCCGUCUGGUGUGCGUCCUGCCGCACCUGCGCAGCCUGGACCUGGCACACAACCAGCUGGCCAGCGUCCCUCGAGACAUGUUUGCAGGCCACGCUGUCCUGGAGGCCCUCAGGCUGGACCACAACCUCUUGGCGGUGCUGCAGGCCGGCACCUUCCGCGACCUACCCAGCCUGCGAGAGCUGCAGGUCAGUCACAACCAGCUGCAGGAUGUUGGCGGAGAGGAGGGCCCGGCGUGGGAGCUGCCCAGCCUGCAGCAGCUGGACCUGUCCCACAAUGACCUGCAUGAGGUGGGGCGUGGCCUGCUGGCGGGCCUGCCCAGCCUUGAUGCCCUGGACCUGAGCUUCAACCUGAUCGCCACGGUGCACGGCGAUGCCUUCACGGCCUGCCCCGACCUACGCCACCUCAACCUGUCCUACAACAGCCUGUCCACCCUGCCUGACGGCCUGCUGGCUGGCCUGCCGCGCCUCGAGGUGCUGGGACUGGCCUUCAACCAGCUCACCACGCUGGGGGGCGGCGCGCUGCGGGGCACGGCGCGCCUGCGCUUCCUGCACCUGCACCACAACAACCUGAUGAGCCUGCAGCAGGACGCCUUCGCCAACACCACCUCGCUGCGCCUGCUGGACCUGUCCGCCAACCUGCUGCAGGACGUGCCGCCCGCCGUGCUGGGGCCGCUGCGCAGCCUGCACACCCUCAGCCUGCGCCGCAACGCCAUCAGCCGCCUCAAGAAGCACUACUUGCGCGGCCUGCGCACCCUGCACACCCUGGACCUGUCCCACAACCACCUGCAGGAUGUGUCCCCCGCAGCGUUGCAGGACCUGGUAGGCCUGCAGGACCUGGACCUCAGUGUGAACUACCUGCAGGCACUGCGCCCCCGUCUGCUGCAGGGCGCCGCCGGCCUGCAGCGCCUCAACGUGAGCCACAACUACAUCACGAACCUGGGGGAGGGUGUCCUGCAGGCUGCUCCCGGCCUGCGCGUACUAGACCUUACCAACAAUUCCCUGACGGAGGUGGGGCAGGCCCUGCGCGACCUGCCGCACCUGCAGGGCCUGUACCUGUCCGACAACUACCUGACGGCACUGGCCAACCACACCUUCGCCGGCCUGCCCUCCCUCACCGUCCUGCGCCUCGACAACAACGGCAUCCAGACCUUCCAGGCCGCCACCUUCCGCGACCUGCCGGACCUGCUGACGCUGGACCUGUCCCGCAACCACCUGCUGGAGCUGCCGCCUGACGCCUUCCGCUCCAUGCGUGCCGUGGAGGACCUGCGCCUCGCUCACAACCAGAUCUCACUCGUCAAGGACUUCGCCUUCACCAACCUGCCCGGCCUGCUCACCCUCCAGCUGCAGGACAACCUCAUCGCGGGGAUCGGCGCCCGCUUCCACAGCCUGCCCGCCCUGCAGUUCCUCAACCUCAGCACCAACGACCUGCCUGAAGUCCCUGAAGAUGCUCUUGCGCGCCUGCCCGGCCUGCACGUCCUGGACCUCAGCGCCAACAUGCUGCGUACCAUCACUGACGUCAGCCUGCACCGCCUGCCAUGGCUCUCCGUCCUGCUGCUCCACCACAACACCCUCUGCCACCUCUCCAUCGGCGCCUUCAGCAGACAGCGAUCCCUGCGAGUGCUCACCCUGCAGAGUAACAACCUGCGGCGCCUCCACCUUCAGGCACUCGGACCCGCCCUCUCCUCCCUCUCCCUGCUGGACAUGAGCGACAACCCGUUCCAAUGUGACUGUGAGUUAGUGUGGCUGAAGGAACACCUGGAGGAGGCGCCGACAGGGGAGAGGGGGCCCCGCACUCCCUACCUAGGCGAGGCGCUACGUAGUGUGCCAGUCUGCGCCGCGCCCCUCAUGUACCAAGGGCGCCCCAUCACACAGGUACCCGCCAGCGCCUUCCUCUGCGAUGGAGAUGCACAGGAGGAGGAGAAGAAGGAGGAGGAGGAGAGGCAAGCGUGUGAAGCUGGGAGGUACCUACACCCUCUGGUAAAUGGAGGUAACUUAAUUAAUCUGACGGAGGGGAUCGUGGGGGGCGUGGGGAGCGCUUCCUUCCUAGACUACAACGACCCUAUUCACCUGGACGUCCCCCCACCCCUCGCCACCUCCACUACCCCAAACCCCUCCAUCGUGCCCCCGCCUCCCCCCACCUCGACGGCCCCUGUGGUAGAAGCAGCAGCAACAGGAGCAGCGGUGGUGAGUCUGCCCCCGCCCAGGAAACAGGGCGGGCUGCACACCACCCCAGGGGAUACGCCGACGAUCUACGCAGGUGGGGCGUCUGGAGUGAGCCGGCCGGAGCCCCAGGACAGCGGGGGUGGGCUGCUGUCCGGCCUGGCGCUCCCCUCCCUCUCCUCCCUGGCGUCCCUCCCCUCCCUGCUCGAGUCCGUGGUGGGGCUGGCCAACCUGGGCCUCAAUGUCAACCUGGGGAGCGGCUUUCCUGGCCUGGGGGGCUUCGUGGGGCGGCAGGACGGCGGGGAGGGCUCCGGGGCAGUGGUGUCCAAGCUGGGCACCCCCGGGGAGGGCAAACCCAUGAGGGGGCCUGAUGCCAAUGACCCCGUGUGGGUGGACGGCCCCCCAGACCCACAUCCCUUCUUCCCCGCCCCGCCCCGCCCCCAGGGGGAUGAGCCAGUGGUUGCCAGGCCCCUCAGCCCAGCACGAGGCCCCUCCCCAGCCUCAGACGCCCCUAAGGGAGCCGCCGCCCCCCGUCCAGGCCUGGUGGUGUCCGUGGGCCGCCCGAAUGUGUGGGGCACGCGACCCCCCGACCCAAUGCCUCCUCCCGCCCCCUGCUGCCCCCAGUCAUGCACUCCGGCCCCGGCCCCAGCUCAGGCACGCCCUUCCUCCCCGGCAGGCCAGAGAGGGAGGGGAGCAGCGCCCCCGCAGGACCCAUCAUACUGCACCAGGACCCCCACCACCAAGACCCACACCACCACCACCACCACCACCACCACCACCACCACCCUGCCUGACGCCUCACACACCCACGCACAACCACACCCUCCCCCAGGCGACCCCAGCUCCCUCCCGCACCCCCACCCGGUACUGGUGACGCCCCUGGCAGAAGGCGGGGUGGGGGAGGCAGGGGAGGCGGGGGAGGUGGGGAGGAAGUGCAGGUUCCCCAGUGGUCCCCCCCAGAGAUGCUACACCCUGAUUCUGGGGUGUCCCUGUACCAGCCUGGGGAGGUGUUCCUGCCCUACGAGCCCCCAGAUCCCCACCACCCCAUCACGGUCAUCGAUGCACCCCACCUCACACCCCAGCAUGCACACCCCAGCCAAGCCACACCCCAGACCACACACCCCUUGUCAUUCCAGCUAGCACCCCAGGAACACCCAACACACACAGCACCCCACGACACGCACCCCAGCCACAGUACACCCCAGUUAGCACCCCAGGAACACCCCACACACACAGCACCCCACGACACGCACCCCAGCCACAGUACACACCAGUUAGCACCCCAGGAACAGCACCCCACACACAGCACCCCAUGACACACACCCCAGUCACAGUACACCCCAGUUAGCACCCCAGGAACAGCACCCCACACACACAGCACCCAUGACACACACCCCAGCCACAGCACAUCCCAGAUAACACCCCAGGAACACCCCACACACACAGCACCCCAUGAGACGCACCCCAGCCACAGUACACCCCAGUUAGCACCCCAGGAACACCCCAGCCACACCACAACCCAGCUGGCACUACAACAACACCACCCCAGCUCCCCCGAACACCCCAGCUCUUCUCCUCACCCCACACCCCAGCAGCCUCACCCCAGUACACCCCAGGACACCCCAAAUGAUGACCUCGCCCCCUCAGCUACACAUAUUUCAGGGGGUGGCACUCUCCCCCCGCCCCCCCAACCACCUCCAACAUCUGGGAUGACGUCUAUCGCCCCCUCCACGACUACUGGGGUGACGUGGCCCCUACUCACCUCCACCACCUCCACCCCCACUAAUACACCCCAUCCUCUUCUCCUUCCCACCCCUCCUCCUCCUCCUCCUCCUCCUCCUCCUCCUCC